AUGUCAUUCCAAUAUGGAUCACCAAAUGCAGGUAGAAGAGGUGGAUAUCAAGGUGGCCAGGGAGGUGGUCAGAGACCACCAAGACCUAUGUAUCAAGGUGCACAGUCUUCGUCAUCUUCGUCUGCACCACCACAAGAGGAUGAUGUAAAGGCGAAGCUGACAUCACUCAUUGUGCGUAUCGGUGACAAGUCUACAUCGGCACUCGAGUCCAACAUCGAAGGUUUGGUCAGUGUUCUCCUUCCAGAUCUCUCAAAGAACAAUGCCAACAUUCAAACAAUCCUAUUCAAAUGCAUAUCACAGUUGCCUUACAAGACACCUAUCUAUGCGACCAUCGUUGGCAAGAUGAACCUCAAGAAUCAUGAGUUUGGCAAGGAGAUCGUCUGUACUUUGGUCGAUGAGCUUAACGAUUGUUUGGCAAAGCAGAGGUUCAACUCGGCCAAGUUGUUGGUUAGGUUCAUUGGUGGACUUGUGCUCACUAAUGUAUUGCCAGCACAGUCAAUGUUUGAGACGUUUGAGACAUUGUUGAGUGUAUUGAAUCAGGCCGACUACACACAGACUAAAGCAGACUUCUACGUGUAUCUGGUGAUGACAACCAUCCCUUGGGUGGCGGGCCACCUCGCCCAAACACACCAGACACAGCUGCAGAGUCUGCUCGAGGAGUUGGAGUCAUACCUCUCGUCGCGAUCACACGCCGACAAGAAGUUCUACCAGACGUUCACAGAGAAUGACGACCGUUUGGAGUUGUUGAUGAAGCAGAUCAAGCUACAAAAGGAGAACAACUGGCAGUGCACUGCGAUCAUACAGGUCAACAAGCAGUUUGACUUUAGCGAAGCAAGCCAGCAUGUAUUGCCACCAAUCACUAUACCAUCCGAUGACUCUAAAUUCAACUAUCCAACCUUCACUAGACCAGUGUUCCGCUUGUUUGAUGACAGUGCUGAUGGAUCAUUGCAACCGAUCGACAGACACGUCCUUGAGGAGUACAUUGUCGACAUCCUCUACUUUUUCAAUGGCAAUCACAAAGAUGCAAGCAAGUUCAUCUAUACCCUGCCAGUUCAAUGCGAGAUUGAUCAUAUAGUCGUAGAGACUAUCCUAUCUGAAGCAUUCAGACUGCCACAAUCACAGUUCAAAUCGAUAUAUUACUCUGUACUGUUUGUCGACCUGUUCAAGGACCAGCACGCAACAAUCAUCCCUGUGUUUGCCUAUGCCAUCAACAUGUUGUACGAGAAUAUCGAUCAGCUGGACGUCGAGGCAGUCAGCCGCUUCGCGCUGAUGUUUGCCCAUCAUCUCAGCAACUACGAGUACAAGUGGGUGUGGGCCGACUGGAGCACAGCCAUCACCACCACGCCCGACGCUGACAACGAGCUUCUCGUCAGUCUGCAGCGCAAGUUCCUCAAGCAUCUGCUCGAGUCCAUCGUUCGUCUCUCCUAUCUCGACAAGAUCAAACAACUCCUCCCACAAGAAUACCAUCCAUACCUUCCAUCUGCACCAACAGCCAACUUCAAGUUCCCCAAGCCAGACUUUGCUGAUGAAGAGAUUAAGGAGAUGGUGGCACAAUCACAUAGAUUGUUGUUGAUGUUCAAGCAGAAGGAUCCAAUUGAGAACAUUAUUCAAUAUGUUGCCGCACUGCCGACGGAGCAGGUGAACGUCGUCGACUUGGUGACAAAGUGUAUAUUACAUCUUGGAUCGACCAGUUUCUCGCAUCUUACCUACGCCGUCGAGCGCUACGUCACGCUGUUCAAGACCAACAUCAAGUCGACGGAGGACCGUCACCAGUGCAUCAAGAGCACUGUCGAGUUCUGGCGCUCGUCGCACCAGCACAUCGUGAUUGUGAUUGACAAGCUGAUCACAUACAAGAUCCUGUCGCCCAUUGACCCCGUCACAUACCUCGUGUCGGGCAGCCACAGCGACGCCGUGACCGACCCGUACGUGUGGGAGAUCAUCAACAACUCGAUUGAGAAGACCAACAUCAUCAUCGACACGCUCACCAAGGACUACGAGGCAUCGAUGAACUCGCCCGAGAAGGAGCUCCGUCUCAAGUCAGCGCAGAACGAGCAAUCAGUGCUCUUCACCACGCUGUUUGUCGGCAUGGGCACAUUGCUCAAGAAUCCCAUGAUCGAUCCAGUCUCCACCAAGUUGCUCUCUGGUUACGUCAAGUCCACAGCCAGACGAUACUUUGACCAAGUGAAGCCUCUGUUCGAGACCAAUCCAGAGGUGUUGGAUGUCAUCAAGGAUUGUUCGCAGUAA